CAGCAAGCAGUCUCACGAGAUGUGGAUUUGCACUUGACUCCACGAAAAUUUCUUGGUUGGGUUACAACUACCCAAUAGAAAUUUCUCCUCUAUGAUCAUGCACUCUUGAUGACCCCAAUUUCCGGGGGCAUGCAACAGCAACUAUAUUUCAUUAACUCGGGCACUAAAGAUCUGCAAGGCGAGAAAUUUCUCCUUCAUUCGCUGUUAGAUACAAGUUUCAGCUCUGCUCACAGAGUCAUCCGGGAUGCCAAAGCUGGUCAGAACCAUCAAGAUCCUCCCACCCAAAAUGAAAAUGGAAGAACAUGGUUUUGGGGUGCUGGUGCCAGUUCAGUGUCUGCCUCUGGUAGUGGCUUUCGCAUGGGUGGUGGCUUUGGUGGAGAUGGAACUGGUUUUGGUGACUCUAGCAGUGAUUUCGAGGCAGGUGAGGUUGAAAGUGCCAGUGGAAGUGGAAUCUUUGGCAGCUCGGAUGGACUAGGUGCAGCUAGCGCGCAUGGUUUUGGAAUGGAUUCUGAGGAUGUCUCCGGCGACCAUAGUAGCAGCGAUGCUGGAAGGGGAAGUGAUAUUCCUGCCAUGAAAGCUAGUUAUGGAUAUGGAAGUGGUAGUGGGACUGGUGGUAAUGGGUUUGAGUAUGGGCCUCAAAGUGGUAGUGGCUUUGGCUCUGGUUCUGGCGUAGGAAUUGGGUAUGGCUCAAGAGGCGGUAGUGGUGGAUCAGGUUACCUGCCAAGAUGUCUCCGGCGACCAUAGUAGCAGCGAUGCUGGAAGGGGAAGUGAUAUUCCUGCCAUGAAAGCUAGUUAUGGAUAUGGAAGCGGUAGUGGGACUGGUGGUAAUGGGUUUGUGUAUGGGUCUCAAAGUGGUAGUGGCUUUGACCCAGGUUCUGGCGUAGGAAUUGGGUAUGGCACAAGAGGCGGUAGUGGGGGAUCAGGUUACCCGCCAAGGUGGGAAGUGGUGUGACCCGGUCUUGUACCUGUAGGUGGAGGUGUGCAAGGACAAGGACCACCGGUUCCUAGAACAGGUGUCGGGUCUGGCUCGAGAGGAAGAAAUGUUGGAGAAUCUGGGUCUGGCUCCAGGGUCGGUGAAGGUGGUGGCCAUGUUCCAGGUGUACAUGGACAGGUUCCGAGUUAUGGAGCAGGAGGUGGAAAGGGAUCUGGCAAUGGUGGAGGUAAUGGUCACGGUUGGGGAGGUGGCUAUGGCUCUGGCUCUGGCUCUGGGUCAGGCUCAAGUGGUGGUGUCCAUAAUGGUUUUCCUCUCGGAAUGCCGCUACCAGUGAUGGGAGGUCCAUUGCCACCAUUUUGCGAUUCACUUCCCAUCAAAAUGCAGAAGCAGAAGCAGAAGAAGCACAUCAUCGGAUGGGUCACACUGAAGGAUCAGAAGGCGAUGCUGCUAUGGAGGGAGCUCUCUCGAGUAUUGGACGUUAUGAACACAAGACAGAUGGUUCCAAUGGACUCUUUGAUAGUGCUAGUGGGCCUGUGGCUUCCCAAGGUGUUGAGAUUGAUGAUGAAGACCUUCGUGAUCAGACGGAGCUUAUUCACACCAUUAAUUAAUAGCGUGCAAAGGAAGAUCCGUCCAUGUAGCUACUAAUGUACCUCUCCAAAAUAAGACCCUUCAUCGGAUGGUCAUAAGAAUGUUUUGGUUUCAUCAAGUUCCACCAAAAUGAAUUCAAGGCCAAUUUGCUUGCCAUAAAAGAGCUAGAGAUAAUAAGAUGAGCCUAGGGUUAUUUUUUCCCGAUCUUUUGUGUAUGCUUGAAAGCAUACGCUGCGAAAGACGGCAAACACUCGCAAAAAUUUGCCAGUAGUUCUUUGAUGUGGUCAUUGCUG